AAACCACUCACUCAAUUAGGAGUGAAAGGCGGAGGUGAAACUGAGGACGAGCCCCCCUUUUUUUGAGAUUGAAGGGUGAGCAAUUGCUUCGAAUUGAAUUCACAUCGCUGGAUAUAAAAUGAUGUCAUCAGACGUGUGGUUUUGUGCGUGAAACUUUAUCUGAUCAGAUGGACAGGAAACAGACAGAAGGACUAAGGGAAGAUUCAAAGCUUCCCGCUCCAUGUGCCCUCUGGCCAGUCGACCUGAAAUUAACACACAUUGACUGCAAUUCUGACAAUACGUUGGUCCACUUUCAAGGUCAAUAUGCUACCAUCUGUGAGCUGGACUACAACAUUCUCCAAGUGGAAAUUCAGAAUGUCUCCAAAACAGCCGUAUCUGUGGAAGUGGGAGACGUGUGCCUGGUGGAAGAUUUGCUAUCUAGCCGCUGGUACAGAGGAAGAAUUCAGAACAUAUCAGGAGAAUUGUAUGAUGUGUUCCUGCUGGAUCAUGGAUAUAUUCUUACCGUUGGUCCCAGAAGUUUGUCCGCAAUUUCAGAUUCCUUACUCAUGCUACCACCAAAGAUUGUCUGUGGAUUCAUUGCUAAUGUGCUGCCAUUUCAGGAAGGCUGGGACCAACCAUCGAAGGCAUAUUUCUCUUCUUUAAUAGGCAGACAUAUCGAAGGAUAUAUCCAUGGUCUUUUGCCAAACAAGGUUCUUAUUCUGGAAGUGCCAGAAAUAACCAAAGAUUUGUUGAGAUUGAGCUUAGGCAGACAUGUGGAUACAGACACGUUUCUGCUACUGGUGGAACUGGAGUUAGAAGUACCAAUUCAACAGAGCUGCGAGUCUGUUCCUGAUUUGCUCAUCGAAAAACAAAUUGCACAAGAGAUUUCCUUUAAGUCCUCUAAUUUAUGUGGCUAUGAAAAUAUUCUUUCGCUCAGCGGCUCUAAGUUGGUUGUUGGACAGAAGGAAAGAGUUCGAAUAGCUGCUGCUGUAAACCCUGGGUUGUUUUACUGCCAGUUGUCCUCUGCUUCAAGAGACCUUAAAGAGAUGUCCAAAAAAUUGGCACUGGUGUGCGAGUCGAGGAACGGUGACUUCAGUGACAAGGCAGGCGAAAAUAUGGGCUUACUAUGUGCCAUCAAAGGCAAAGAUGAGAAGUGGCACAGAGGUUUAGUGCAGUGCCUCCCCGUUAACUCCCAGGUUCGAGUUGUGUUUGUUGACUACGGGUAUUGUGAAUCUGUAAAAGUUGAAAACAUCUUUCAGUUACCUUCAGAUUUUCUCCUGAGACCAGUCAUGGCUUUCCCGUGUUCCCUUUCUUGUUUGAGUGACAAAGACAAAGCCACAGUGAGCCAGCAACUGGUGCAUCUCAGAAAUGGAUUACUGGGUAAGGAGCUUGUAAUUACAAUCGAUGACUUAAGAAAGGAAAAGAAUGUCUGUUCGGUCACGCUCAGCGACGUGGGCAAAUGUGCACCUUUCAAAACAGUGGCAUGUAAAGAAGUCGAUAAAAUCUCACGCAGUGGUAUUCUCACUUAUGUGCACAGAUUGAGUUACAUUCUAAACAAGACACAGAAGGAAGGAAUCUUAAGGAAUUUGGUGGCUUUUGAAGACAUUCAAGAUGGCUCUGUGUUUGAGGGUUAUGUCGAACAUGUUCAGAACCCUCAUGAUUUCUGGAUAAGAACAGCAAAGUCCAACGAUCGAUUUCAGGCCAUGAUGAAUAAACUGACCGAUCGGUGUAGCAGGUUACAACUGAACGAGGAAAUCCUUCAUGAUCCAGUGCCUGGUCAACUCUGUUGUGCCAUGUACGAAAAAGACAUGCAUUACUACAGAGCUCUUGUGGUGGAUAUUCUUGAAUAUGGUGCUGAGGUGUUUUUCAUUGACUUUGGAAACACAGAAAAAGUCCCAAGCAUGUUCAUUAAAAAAAUACCCUCUGAGUUUUCUGUGGAGCCAGCGUUUGCUCUCAAUUGUUCCUUAGCUCAUGUUCUUCCACUGGAAGAGGUCUGGACAGGUGCAGCAGCAAACUUCUUCAGGAAAGCCACCUCAGAGAAAGCUCUCCUGGUUCACGUCAUCUGCAGAAGGGGCGAUGUGUUUGUUGUGGAGAUGUACGAGAAAGGGUUUGAGAAAGGUGAAAGUAUUGAAACACUUUUGACGAAGACAAAAAUGGCAGAAACUUGGACGUAUCGUGUGAAAAAAACUCCGAGUAGAGCUGUUGGAAAAAACAAUAAAACAGGCAAGAGCUUCAUGAGAAGGCAGUUUGCUGAGAAUUCUUGUAAGAGUACGCCACAGAAACACCCUAGCAAGGUGACGAAGCAAGAGAUUGCCACAGAAAAACAAACCCACACUGAGACACAAAAACGCAAUGCUGUUGAAACUUUCAAAGGUCAUAAAUAUAAGCCAGGAACUGUGAUUAGUGUCCAGUGUUCACAUGUCAGUUCCCCUUCAGAUUUUUGGUGCCAGAACCUGAAAUACAAGAAUCACUUGAACAGAUUAAUGCAAAGACUACAAACGUUUUACCAGACAAAUACCUCUGUGUUCCAGCCCUACAGUGAAUGUUGUGCUGUCCAGUUUCAACAGGACAGCAAGUGGUACAGGGGGUCCAUUCUUGAAGAAACGGAUCAAAAUGUUAAGGUGAUUCUAGUGGACUAUGGCAUGGUUGUGCAAGAAAAUCUGCAGAAACUUCAAGCUCUAAAUCCAGAGUUUCUUGAGCUUGAAAGACAAGCAUUCAGAUGCAGUUUGUACAAGUUGACUGACCCAGAAGGAGGUGAUAUGUGGUCUGACGAAGCGAGCACCUUGUUAAAGGAUUUUACUUUUGGAAAUUGUGAGCUAAGAUGCAAAAUCUACUACCAGGUCAAUGUUGCAAAUAAAGGCUUCUGCAAUGUGGUUGAUUUAUACACAUCUCUUCAACGAGCCUCCGCACAUCUUAUAGAAAAGGGUGUAGCCAAGGAAAUACAGCAUCCAAACCAGCUACUUCCAUUUGUCUAUCCAUGCUCUUUUGUUUAUUCUUCUUUUGACAUUACCGUUGGAAGUGAAGAGUUGGCGUACUCCACUCAUGUUGUUAGCCCUUGGGAAAUCUAUCUCCAGCUGGACAGAAAUACUGAAAUUAUUGAGCAGCUUAUGGACAGGUGUGUGAAGGAAAGUGAAGAGUUAAUGAGUGGGACGCAUACCAGUGAAACUGGCAGUGUUUGCUUGGCCAAAUACUCUGAAGACGGUAUGUGGUACAGGUCAUUUGUUUGGCCUGCUCAGUCCAGUCUACACUUUAAUGUGUUCUUUGUAGAUUAUGGAAGCAAGCAGGUUGCUGAAAAAAAGAAUGUAUUCCCCGUUCCCGUAAAGGCGACUGAUUUGCUUUGGACACCUAUGCAAGCUUUAAGGUGUAGUCUUUUAGGUAUUCCUGAGGAGGAACAUUUGCCUGAAGUUAAUACAUGGCUUGAGAAGGCCAUUCUCAACAAGGUACUUCGAGCAAAGUUUGUUGCAACAAACUGCAGUGGACAUUUCACCUGUGACCUGUUUGAUGGUGACCUUCAUAUCAAUGAGAAAGUAAGAGAGAUUUUUGCAAUUCAUAGACAGAAUGAUAAAUCUGUCAGGAAAACUAUCAGUGAUUGCUGUAAAGAAGUGUGGAAUGUAUCCUCUGUGGCCAACAAAUUCAAGACCAGAUGGAGACCUCAUGUGGAAUCUGUGGUCAAAUCACAGAGGACACCAGGCCAUAGCAAAGUCAUACAGGGAAAUGGACAGCCUUGGCAAAAGAAGUCAUCCAAAAUAAAAUCUUCACAGAAAUCUCACAAUCUAAAUGGUAGUUCUACAAUAAAUGGCCGUGGCUUAGAAAAACACAGCCUGAAGCCCACAAAGCAACUGCAGAAAGAAAAGUGCACCAUUUCAAGCACUUCUAAAGUACAGCCCUCUAAAGUGCUGCCAAAGGUUAGUGAUCUACCAGCCAUCAAAAUUGCAAAAGGAUUCAGAUGCAUAGGGUUCGUUCCUCACUACGACUCUGCUGAAAGCUUCUUUAUCCAAAUGGAAAAGGAUGAACAAAAUCUCCUUAAUAUAAGAGAGGAACUAAACAGCAGCCCUUUCACCAAGAGCUUGCAGAGUGUUACCUCAAAUGUAAAAGUAGGGGAUCUGAUUGCUGCUAGGUAUGACGAGGACUUGGCCUUAUAUCGAGCUGCUGUCAAAGGUAUAGAAUCCAAUGGUUUCCUAAAAGUUGAAUUUGUUGACUAUGGAAACACAGCAACUGUUGACAGUAAGAAAAUUUACCCAUUAGCAAGCAAGUUUCUGUCUCAGGCAAGAUUAAGCACUCCAUGCAAAUUUUUAAAACCAUACAUUUUAGAGGAUGUUGAGUCUUUACUCAAAUGUGACAAACCUCUGAUGGUGGAGUUUGUAAUGAAACUUGGCAAUGCAUGGGCAGUGAGCAUUCAGAGACUUGAUCCAUUGCAUGAGUUGAGAAAAUCUGAUCCUGCUGAAGGAACAGAAGAAAAGUUUCCAGAUUCAGACCAAGCCAAACAAAGGCAAAAGCUAUAUGCGGCAGUGAAUGAAGAUGACACUUCCUUCACAAGUAUCUGUGAAAAGACUGACGCAGAACCAGUAAGCAUUAAAGAAAGCACCAAAACACACAACAAUAGAAACAACGGCAGUAAAAUGGUUCAAGAGAAAACCUUAGAAAAAGUCCAGGCCACAAGAGCCGUAGAUUACAAGCCGAAAGCAUGUGCCUACAAAUCUAAACCUGCUGAGAAACAAGAUGUUGGUCAAAGCGAUUUGCCACAGAAGCCUGAAAUACAUAUCAGUGUUACAAAGAAUGACAUUUUGGAUAUAUCAAACAAUUCCAGUAGUUGUACAGGUUCAAAUGCACUUGAAACCUCUGUUAGACUGCCAGAGAGAGUAGAAGUAGAUGGACAGGAUAUCGGUCAGUCUGUUGUACAUGAGCCAGCUUCAGCACAUGAUUGCCCCACACCCACGGCCAUUCCUCCUGAGAAGCCAAUGGACAAAGAUGAUCAGAUACGACGCUUGUUUCUCGCACCUAUUAAAAGGGAUCAAGAAUACUCAGGAUUUGCAGCAGCAGUCACCACACCUAGUGAAUUUCACAUCAUACUUGAGGACCUACUUGUAAUCAUGAUUGCUGUAUCAAAUGUCCUUCAAGAUCUUUCAGAAGACUUGGCUCCGUUGCCAGAGGCUCAUCUGAUUCCCGGUACCGGCUGCCUGGUAAAGUCUGAAGAGAAGAAGAAAUGGUGUAGAGCAGAGAUAAUACAAUGUGACGACGCAUCAGUGACCGUGAAUCUCGUUGAUUACGGAUACUAUAUACAUUUGGCAUGCCAAGAUGUCUGCAAACUUAAAGUGCUUCCUGUUGAGCUUGCUGGACUUCCAAAGAUCACUUACCCUUGCUUUUUAAGAGGAGUUAACCCAGCUGAUGGGCUGCAUUGGUCUGAUCAUGCUGCCCUGUUUUUCCAACAGUGUACGUAUCAAAACAAACUUAAGAUACACUUCAGACACUACGUAUCAAAGGCACAGUGGGCGGUUGAUAUCGUCGCGUCCAACAAAAAUAUUGCCAAAGAGCUGGUUGAUGCUGGUCAUGCUCAAUAUAUUGACACUGUGCUUGGAAUACGGUUUCAGCAAGAGCUAGGCCAUUAAAGGGUUAAUCAAGUCCAACUUUGGAGAGAAUGCCUAAAUCUGCCAUGCAUGAAGAGAUACAAUCAAAGCUGGAGAAUGUGCCACAGAUAUUUGGAAGACUUGGAAUGAUGCUGAAGAAAUUUCUAGAGGCUGUAGUACAGGCUGAAGGCCUCUUCAGUGGAAGCUCUGACAAACAUGGAUCAGCAGAGGAAAUGUCUAGGUUAAUCCAAUGUUUCUGCGGACUGCAGUGAACUGGAUUCCAUGUGAAAUUUAUGCUGAGAAAACGUUUUGAAAUAUUAUUGCUUGAUUAUUUUGAUUAUUAAUCUUAUUUGGUUAAUAUUUACGUGUUGUCUGUGUAAUUUUUCUCUCUGAAAUUAGGAAAGAUAUUUGGUUGUGUUAAAUGUUGGGGUUUUAGAAGCAUGGACUUUUUCAGUCUUUUUGUUUUGUUAGCUGUUAAAAACAAAACAAGUAUGUGAUUGUUGUUAUUGAUUGUAAUGAAUAUUUUCAUUUGUGUGUUAUUGUGCAAAAGCACUGUAUUGUUUUCCCCACA